AGCCGGCGGUGACGGUCAUUGGUUCCUAUCCGGAUCGAGUCGACGGUAUUAGAAGGGUUUGCUACUUGAGAGUUAUUGUGUUUGCUUCCUGUGAGGCGGGUGUAGAGUGAUAAAUAAAUGGAGAGUUAAUCGUCCGGCGUGAAAUUGUGCACCGCGGAGUGUGUUUCCAAGAAGAAGGGUCAACAACGGCCGAUAGGCGACGGGCGAUUCGUGGCAGCUAAUUGAUGGCAUUAGUCCCGUGCGAUGACUGGUGAGCUCUGAUUUCGGGUGCCGGCCGUCAUUGAUGUGGUGAUCCUGGGGCGCACGUGGCCCAACUGUCGCCAGCCAGCCAGCAGUUGGAAAUCGACAACACGGGAGCUCGUUUAAUUCGGUGCAAAAUUGAUUUUAAAUAAUAAUCAAUUAUGUAAAUAAUCUAAAUGAUUGCUAAUUGUAUCGUUUGAUCAACGGUGACGGGGUUUGUGAAUCUGGGUGGUCCGGUAGUGGAAGAAAAAUAGAGAAAUUCGGAAUUCGGUGGUGCAGUGUGUGUGCGGAGAAAUUUUACCCGUACGGCUGGGAAACCUUCCCAAGUAAGCUUUACUACCAGGAAGCCAAACUGAGCCUGCCGUUUCUGUAGAGAACAGCGUAACGAAACAGGAUUCAUCUGUUGGAUCGGAUCGGCGAGAAAGAGAGAGAGGAAGAGAUAGAGGUAGUGAGCAGACAGGCGGCAGCAGAAUGAAGUUUGCAGUGCUGCUCUGGUGGCUCUGGCUGCAGAUCGCAUUUCAAGGCAGCAAUUGCGUUAAAAUCACUCGCCUUUCGGUACCACGAACGUACAUUCUCGAUAAUUACCAUCGCCGACAGCAGCCCAGUGGUGGUAGUCCGAGCAACGAACUAUUUGGUGCUGGUCACGGUAUCAGCAGUGGUCCAGGGAAGGCCAUCUAUCGGUACGAUGCGGACACCGGUACGGAUGAGUUGUUGCCAUCGCCACCGCGGGACCCGGACGGGCAACAGCAGCAGCAGCAUCGACACAACGAGCAUCUGAUUCUGGACUGCGAGUACGAGAUUGAUUUGCACGAGCAGGGUUUCGUGCUCAAAUGGUACUUUAACGGGAAGCUAAUCUAUCAGUGGAUUCCCAUGCGACGGCCGCCAAUCGGAUUUACCUCCAUGAAGCACCAGGUCAACCGCAGCUACACGGUCAGUAACGAGGAGAUGCACAAACAUCGGGCACUGGCACUGAUAAGACCACUGAAGAACUUCACCGGCGAGUACACCUGCGCCGUGUCCACGUACCAAUCGGAGGACACCCGGUCCGCGCUGAUGCUGGUCGUUGUUCCAGAGACUGGUUUCGUACUAAAAUACUACAACAGUAACAUCAGCAACCUGGUCACGGUACUGUGCAGUGUGUACGGUAUCUUUCCGGGUCCGGUGUUGUCCCUGUGGAUUAACGAACAUCAGCUGGAGAAUGUGACGAGAAAUGUUCUGUUGACACAAGCCGAGCUGUACGAUAGUUCGAUCAGCAUUCAACUGGUGCUGUACGAGAGCAUCCAACCGGACGACGUUUUGAAGUGCGUAAUGGGCAUCAACGGAACCGAGUAUCGCAAAACCAAAGAAACUGUAUUCAUAGAUGUAAAUAGUAAAUCCGUGAUAGAACACAACUCCGUGUUGGAUCCCGUUGUCAGCAGCACAUUCGAAACGAUUAGCACCACCUCUAGCAAAAUUCUCUCGACAUCGACAACAGGCUUCGCUACGCCGAGCUACGGUGACACGACGCCGGUCAGCGUCACUACUAGGUUGCAGUUCAACGAAGAACUGGACGACCCUUCAGCUUCAGUGGCCGCCUCCACUUCAACUAACCAACCAGAUAGCCACGCGGGAAAAUCGCACCAUCCGGGGACUCCCCAGCAGCCGGCCGUUGUGCGACUUAGGCCAAACUCGGCCCGGGUUUUGACAGUUCAACAUGCCAACCCGAACAUCGCUUCAGCCUCGGACGAGGUGACCAACGUUCUGGACUUCAAGGAGGUCCCUUUCAAUGAGAAUCUUCUGUACAUCAGCGGGGGUAGUGCAAGUGUCGAUGCCGGCGGUUGCUGCGGUUGGAUGCUGCUGCUGUUGCUUUUGCGAAUCCUGGCGCCUUCCACUUGUGACGUCGUGCGGCAUCUGCUUCGAAACGGCAGCGCCGGCCGUCAUCGGUUGUAAUAUAAAUCGUGAAAUAUUCCGCGCGCGCGCUCGCUCGAGACGAGAAAAAAAAUGAUUAGUGAGCCACAUGGGAUUGUGCUUCUCCUGCUUGUUCAGAUUCGUGAAGUGGAACGUGUGAGUGCGUGUGUAUGUGUGUGCGUGCGUGUGUAUGUAUGUGUGCCUAGGCAUGAAUAUGUAUGUGUCGAUGUGGCUGUGUGCUCGCUUUUUUCCUUGCCGUUCUAUCGGAGCUUUUAGCUCACAGCCUCCUAUGCUCGACGCUUAAGUAGAUAAGAAAGAAAACUCGAUUAAAAUAUUGGUCCUCUUUGUUGUACAUUUAGUAAUGGUUGUGGCAACGGAGAUAGGCUAAGCGUGGCAUGCGAAAACAAUAGAAACAGCCAUGAGCGGCCAUUGGGCUGAGGGCUUGGAUACGACUUGGGGCGCGAAGACUAAGACACGGUAUGCCAUUGACACUCAAUGCGUAUUGCUCUCGUGGGAUUUCACCGAAGGGAAGGAAGGGACGGUCGACGGUUGUUUUUUUUCCUCGUGGUUUUAUUGUUCAUAACGGACGUAAUUGAGAGGAAAUAAAACAGCAUUGUCAAUAUUUUCUAGGGCUUUAAUUUUUUUAAAGGAAGAUGAACAUGCUGUAAUAGCUUAUCGAGGAAUUUCACACAAAACCGUCUGUUGAGAGUUGGCAACUUGGCUCAGAUUUCUGUAAGUUUGGUGAUAUCCUUUUUUUAACGUCUUAUCUUAAAUCGUAAAAACUCAAAAUCAAAUUCUAGAUAUAAAUAAAAAAGCAGAAAAUUUUCCAUUUUUUCCUAACAAAAUGUUCUUUUUUUUUGAAAAACUCUUAUAAUAUUUUUGAAAAACUCUUAUAAUACAGAUAGGGUAUCUGAUGUCUUCAAUUUUGUUGAAUCUUAAUUUGUUAAGCUGCAAUUAAAUGGAGUUCAGCUGAACAAUAAACUGUUGCACAACAAAAUUGCUUGUUAGGUUGCCUAGCUUCACUGCUUCUAUUUCACGGAAGAACUUAAUAUAUGUUAUCUUAUCUUGAACAUUGAAAUCUUCUUGUUCGCGUGAAAGAACUAUUUCAUUCAAAAUACAAAACGUUUCAGUUUUUUGACGUAGAUCACGGCUAUUCCGAAAUAGAUAAAAUAAAGUGAAACGGAAGAACGAAAAAUUUCAAGUGCAACAAAUUUCUCACGAUUUUUCCGAGUUGUGUAGUUGCAUUAAUUUAGCAAAUUAUUUUUUACUUUACAUACUAAACGACUCAUCAAUAAUAACAGAUAAUUUUUAUGAAUAAUUCAAGCUAGCUCGAUAACUAAAAUAUGAUCAUAUUUAAUGAUAAGCUAUUUUAGCGUCACUUUUGAAACGCUUGAAAUAAAUGUUGAAUUGCAUAUUUUACAACUUACAAGGUAAUAAAAUUCAACAUUGCUUCAAAAACAUGUUUGUGACCUUGAGAAAGGCCAAUUUUUAUUAAUGCUUGGCAGGAGGAACGAAACGCUUCAUUUUGAGCUAGUGUAGUUUGUAAUAGAUUUAGCUUGUGGACGGUUAAACAGCUCACGAAAAAUUAACUUCUCGCGCAACAUUUGUCUUUAUACCAAAAAAUAAUGCGCGGCGCAGUCCAAUUUUUUUUUACAUUCUUCCAUAAUUCCAUAACCGAAGCCCCGCCUACUUGUGGCGUUAGUCCUCUCCGUUCGUAUUCAAGACAAUUGCACGGGUUUAUUUCAUUACAUGAUCAUUCAACCGUUUACUGACUUUCGCGCAAUUCGGGUGUACAUUUCGAAACCGAUUCCAGUUUUAUCCAAACUGUUCUGCCUUCGGAAAAAAAAACAGGAAAAAAGUCAUCAUUCGAUUGAUUUCCAGCUUUGAAGAAAAUUAGCCCUUUUUAGGAACGAUCAUUUGCUUUCAAUUGAAGUGAUUAUGAUUUUUUUCACAUCUCAGUACUAUACAGUACACGGGAGUUUACUAAUAAUUUCCAAAAUUAACGCAAUUCUUGAAUUAGCCAUAUUCAAAAAAGUCAAUAAAAAGCAUCUUGAAUACCUUUCUUAAGGCACAAUAAUAAAAAUGCAACCUGCGAUCAAUUUUCAUCAAUCAAUCUCCUAGAAGGGCAACUUGUCCGAGCGUCUGUUCCCCAUGUUAGGGGCGGCUCAAACAGCGUCUGUUCCGGAACGGACGGCUGAAUUAUAAAAUGCGGCGUCUCGCCAGCUACACCCAAGAUGGCAGCUCCGUCGCGAGACUAGGCAUCCGCAGCCCUAGUGAGGCAGCAUGUCGAAACAUUAAAAUACUACGAACAAUCAAGAAUUUUUUUUUUUUUUUUAUAAAACCUCUUUGCUUUAUUGUCCAAUUUCUAAUUUAUAUGUG